CCACUUCUGCAAUGUAAAUGUAAGCUGGUUCUGUGUGUCACUGCACAAGAUCAAAGAAUCUUGAUUUUUGAGAGAGAAAAAACCCAAAAAAAAGUGUGUUUCUUGGUGUUUUUUUCUAUGACAUUUACAUUUUAAACUCACCAAACCUUGUCUUUGAAGCUAUGCACCAAAAACAUAGAAUAAACCAUUUGUUUCUUACUCUUGUUGUCUUGUUCAUCAUCAUAUCUUACAAGCAAACAAACACACAAAUAUUGUUUCUUAAAUACCCAUGAAAACAUGUCUUCACAAUCUACAACUAUCCUCAUAUUUGCAUGUACUAUGAUGAUCUUGUUGUCUAUGUUUGUUGUCGAAUCAUCGGUUCGGAUUAACGAAACACGAUUAACCCGAGUUAGACUUCAUUUGAACAAGAUCAACAAGCCUUUUGUCAAGACAAUUCAGAGUCCUGAUGGUGAUGUUAUUGACUGUGUUGUUUCUCAUCUUCAACCUGCAUUUGAUCAUCCUAAACUUAGAGGGCAGAGGCCAUUGGAAGCACCGGUGGAGAGGCCAAAGGGGCAUAACUCGAGUGAUGAACGAGUCGAAACGAUUCAAUUAUGGGCCGAAUCGAAGGAAUUCUGCCCGAAAGGGACGAUUCCGAUUAGAAGAACUACUGAAAAUGAUGUGUUAAGAGCAAGUUCGUUGAGAAGAUUUGGAAGGAAGAGGAAGAUUAGAGGUGUGAGGCAUGAUACCAUGAGUGGUGGUCAUGAGCAUGCAGUUGCUUUUGUAAAUGGAGAUAAAUAUUAUGGAGCAAAGGCCAGCAUGAAUGUAUGGACACCUGAGGUUACAGAUGCAUCUGAGUUUAGUCUGUCACAGUUAUGGGUCAUUUCUGGUUCAUUUGGUAAUGAUCUCAAUACCAUAGAAGCUGGUUGGCAGGUUAGCCCGGAGUUAUACGGAGAUGGGUAUCCUAGAUUCUUCACUUACUGGACUACGGAUGCAUACCAAACAACAGGGUGCUAUAACUUGUUAUGCUCAGGAUUUGUUCAAACGAAUAACCGGAUUGCAAUAGGUGCAGCAAUAUCUCCUAGAUCAUCUUAUAACGGCAAACAAUUCGAUAUCGGUGUCAUGAUAUGGAAGGACCCUAAACACGGACACUGGUGGCUGCAAUUUGGAUCCGGGGUGCUAAUCGGCUACUGGCCGUCGUUUUUAUUCACUCAUCUACAAAAAGAAGCGAGUAUGGUACAAUUCGGCGGGGAAGUUGUUAACUCGAGAUCAAGGGGUUAUCACACAAAUACACAAAUGGGCAGUGGUCAUUUUGCAGAUGAAGGUUUUGGAAAAGCUGCAUAUUUUAGGAACUUGCAGGUUGUAGAUUGGGAUAAUAGUUUGCUUCCUUUAACAAAUCUGCAUUUAUUGGCUGAUCAUCCAAAUUGUUAUGAUAUAAAAGCUGGCAAAAAUAAUGUUUGGGGGGAUUAUAUUUAUUAUGGAGGUCCAGGAAGGAAUGCAGGUUGUCAAUAGAGAAAAUUGGAUACUUGGAUAGUAUAAUAUUUUUAUUUUACAUGAUUUGAUUUUUGCCUAUAGUCUUGAAAGGAGUUGGAGAGUUUUGGAUUUUUUUUUUAUCUAAAAUUAAUAUUAUUACUUGGGUUAGGUUGAGAGGUAUUGUAUAUUAGUGUUAGGGUUAACUGAUUUAUAAUAUAAUAUAUUGUGGUUUGUUA